AUGGUGUUUGAGUCCCUUGUAGCUGACCUUCUGAAUCGCUUCCUCGGUGACUUCGUCGACAAUCUCGAUGCUUCACAGCUCAAUAUCGGAAUCUGGGGAGGUGAUGUGAAGUUGGAAAAUCUCGAAGUUAAAGAAACUGCUCUCGAUGAUCUCGACCUUCCUGUUAAGCUGAAAUUCGGCUACUUAUCUUCGCUAGUGCUUAAGAUUCCAUGGAAAAAUCUGUACAAUGAGCCUGUCAUAGCAACGAUAGAUGGGCUAUACCUUAUCGUGGUUCCCAACAAAGGCGUUGUUUACGACGAAGAAAAAACAAAGAAGAAUGCGGCAGAUAUCAAGCAAAAAACCCUCGCUCGUCUUGAGGAAGCGCGUAAAAAUCGUCGGAAACCGCCAGAUCCCAAUCAAGAUUCCUUCGUUGAAAAAAUGGUCACUCAGGUCAUCAAAAAUUUGCAGACCACAGAUGAGAAUUGGGUGCCGACUGUUCAUCGAGAUGUUGUGAAGAUUUUCCACAAACUCGUAUUGCUUAGCAGUCUUUCGGUUUACUGGAAUUCAGAUUCGAAAUUGUUUUCUGACAUCCAAGACAAGCCAAUAAAAAUGGAAGCUAAGUUGAAACUAAAUCAAAAGCCAGAAGUUGAUGGAACAAAUUGGAAAAUUCCAAAGGUAGAUCUAAGUGUUGAUAUGAAGACGCUGGUGCUGGCUAUUGGUAAAUAUCAAUACCAAGAUAUUUUAUUAUUACUUGAAGCACAAGAAAGAUUCAAUCUGGCGACACAGUACUUAAAGUAUCGACCGAACAUCAACGAGUUUAAAGGACAUUACAAAGAAUGGUGGCUUUUUGCUUAUACUGCUAUCCUCGAGGAAAAAGUACGUCGACGGCGAAAUAACUGGUCAUGGCCAAGGAUGCGCACACAUCGGAAGCUUGUUCGUGACUAUCGGGACGCAUGGUUGAAAUGUCUUACAGAGAGAAAUCCGAGCUCUUCAGUAAUGGACAUUGUUAAGAAGGCGGAGGAGAAUCUGGACGUGUUUAACUUGAAUGUUGCACGACAACAAGCUGAGAUGGAUGUCGAUCGGAAGGGAUUGAAGAGAGUAGAAGAUCAACCUCAGGGUUGGCUUUCCUGGGGUGCAAGUUGGUUCAGUGGUGGUGGUGGUGGUGGUGAGAACACAAACACGCCGACUACUAAGAAGAAGGACUUCGCUUCUCAGUUCAAUGAGGCCAUGACUCCAGAGGAAAAGGAAAAGCUUUUCGAGGCAAUUGACUACCAGGAAAAUAUCCCACCUACCAAUUAUCCAAAAGAGUUCGUUGAAAACAGGGUUGAUUUCUGUCUAGGAGAGGUGGCAAUUAUCGUAGAUGAUGCUGUUGCACUUAAUUUCCUUGAUCUAAGGGCUCAUGCGGAACAACGACCUAGCGCAAAUGCUAUGAAUUUGCGGUCUACGAUACGAGAACUAAAAAUGGAUGGCGAUGGACAGGAAAUGUUGCGAGUACGUGAUUCUUCGAGGGCAUGGCUAGUUCUUGUAGUGGAUACUCAUCCCCUUCAUGGAAAAUACGACCAAUCUGUGCAACUGGCAAUUGCUCCCUUAAGUUUCAAGUACCAUGCCCCUGCAGUAAAUCAUGCUGUCGAUGUGUUUAAACCUCCUGAGUCAGUGAAGCUAAAUCAGUUAGCUGCAGCCGCGAUGUCUCGAUACGAAGAGGUUAAAGCUCGUUCUGUGACUGGACUGGCGCAUGCCGUUGAGAACCGAUCUCGUCUUGUUUUGGAUAUUCAAAUACAACCUACCACUAUUUUCAUUUCUGAAGGCGGAGUUUACAACGUGGAGAAACCUACCAUUAUGGCCGAUCUAGGUCACCUCAGUAUUACUACAGUGGAAGGAGAUCCUAAAAUAAUUGAGGAAAAAGAUAAACUUCACCAGCUCAUGGAUAAGGCGUACGAUAAAUUUCGAGUAAAACUGAGCAAUGUUGUUGUUUCCUUUGCCGAAAAUGUGACGAAAGGAUGUGCGGCACUGGCCGAUGCAAACAGUCCUAUGCAUAUUCUAAAACCAACUGGACUCGAUAUUGAAAUACACAAGUGCUCAAUAGACGACUUGAGACUUCCGAGAAUACGGGUGAUUGGUGCUUUACCUGACAUACUUGUCACGAUGUCGGACAUUCGAGUGUUGGAACUGACUCGAUUGCUGCUAUCUAUUCCAACUCCUGAGCCAGAUCCGGAGCCGCCAAGCGUGGGUGAAGUCGUGCAUAAUGCAGAUAUCGCAACUCGUGCCAAAAUGAAGACUAUAAUGGAAGCACAGGAGAUGGAAACCACUGACAACCAAGGACGUGAUUCAAGCAAGUCGGAGGACGAGAAAUCGAAGACAAGUGAGCAGCAGGUUCAAGUUGAAUUAGACCUCCACUUAAAUCAGAUUGGUCUUGUCAUUCUACGCGGUGAUGAUGUUUUUUGCAACAUUUCCAUUAUACGAAUGGGUUGUAAAUUGCAACUUCGUGCUUUCGAUAUGGUCGUAAUAGCUGAGCUUGGUGCUGUUCGGUUUGCAAUGCCGAUGUUCAAGCCUUUGAAUCCAGGAAAGAAUUGCCUUUAUUUUAUUGACAGUAACACAGAAGAAGCCUCGUUAAUUAGUUUUAAGUUAGUACAGGCAAAUCCUGAAUCACCUUUCUUCGUCACGGAAUACCACUGCACAGAACAAGCUAUCGAGUUUCAUUUCAGGAGUUUAGAUAUAUCGCUUCACCAGGUUGGUGGUAAUCGGGUCAUCUUAACCAUUUUCAGUGUUUUUUCAUCUCCAGUGUUUAAGGAGGGCCUCGUGGAAUUGAAACGGUUCGCAGAAAACAUGCAAAACGAGCUAAACGCACUCCAAGAGGGCGCUAGGAAACGAAUCGAAGAAACAAUCGAAACCGGUACUCGCAAGCUUAGCCGUCAACUAAGUGCCAGGAAUGAACUACGGCAUCGUGUUAUCAAAAUGCAUUUGGAGUCCACUAUUGGUAGCCUGGCUAUUGCAAUCGGAACACAAUCUGCACUGGACACCUUAAUCGCAAUUGAAAAUAUACGAGUUGGUACGAAGAUCACCGCAGAGACCAUGAAUGUUGUAGCGACGCUCAGGACAGUUAAAAUGGAAGACAUGACAGUAGGAGCACUAUAUAAAAAGCUUCUUUCUGUUACUGGCGAAAAGGAGAUGUUGAGGGUGCGACUGGCAGAGAUGCGCUUCGUAUUUCUUAAUUUGUGGCUAUGUAGAUUAAUGGCAUGGAUGGCACCAUUCCAUGAGCAGGCAACGCGUGCUGCUGCGGUUGCACAGGCAGUACACUCGGAACGUUUGACUGAUUUAGUUUCCUGUAAACCAUUUUAUACUUUUAUUUCCACGUUUGUCAAGGUUGCGUCCGAAAAGGCUGUUGAAGCCGCGGAGAAUGUAAAACAGAUAAUGGCUGAAUCACCACCCCGUAUUCUACUGGAUGUAGUGCUUGAAGCUCCUGUGAUUUUGCUGCCACAGCUAUCCACCAGGCGCAAUGUUCUAGUGUUUAUACUCGGUAUGCUCAACACCAGUUCUCGAAUAAAUCGUCCGUAUCUAGGAAAACUUAUCAUCAGCAACCACAUAGGCGGUGACAAAAACAACCAGAAACUUAUAAUGGACCAUAUGGAAGUGAAGCUCAUGGAUAUGAAAUUCGGAAUAGGUUUCGUUAGCGAGGACGCAUCAAAUUUGCUCGCGCUAUGCGACAUUUUGGAACCGUUAUCGUUUAAUAUCGCUGUUCACAGGAACUUGGUUUAUGCAGCAAUCAAAGAUUUGCCAGAGACUACAGUGGAUGCUCAAAUUCCAUCACUCUCCGUGAGCAUGUCCGAUCACGACUACGAAACUCUGAUGCAGACAUUAACUGGGAAUCUUGCUGAGGGCACUGAGUUAGUGGUAGUCCCACCUCCAGUCCAUUCAGACGAAGUUGAUACUUUUUCGCUUGAUAGAAUAUCCGCUGUCCUUCAUACUGGUGGUUCUGAAUCGAUAUCUUGUCGAGAGACUUCAAGUGCUUUCGCAGCAUUAAAGCUGUAUGAAUUUAAGCUCAGCGGCUCUAUCAAGGAAGACAACUCGAUGGAUGUCGCAAUGUCCUUAAAUACAUUUUCUAUGUCUGAUGAACGUCGCGAUAAAACGAAAAUUCAUCAAUUACUCGACAAGAAAAAUCCUAGUGACACCCAUCGUUUCCUCACUCUCGCGUUUUCUCAAGACGCUGUACAGAACAAGAAUAGUGGGUGA